GGAAGCCAUAUGGGAAGGAGCAGCACAAGGCUCCGCUGCAGUGAGACACGCAGAGAGCGGUGGAGAGAACGGGAAGCCUCAUUUCUGCCCGGAGAUGAAAAAGUCUUUAAUCAAACACUGAGCUGCGGGAUUUCACUCGGUGCCAGCAUGUAUUUUGGUAACAUGUACCACAGUCCCCUGCCGCCCCUGGCUCAUCCCACGCUGGGCAGGACCCAGCCCUCCCCCGACCCUAAGGCCCUCUUCCCCUUCCACCUGCUGCCUGGAUUUACCAACCAGAUGGAUCAUCUCCAUAAAGCUCUGAUUAACCCAAGCUUUGGGCUAACAUCCCCCCUGAAGAGGAAGCCCAGCUCCUGCGGCGUUUGUCGAGUAAGAUUCAACUCCGAGGCUCAGGUGUCCUCCCACUACAGUGGCACGAGGCAUGCGAAAAGGCUCAAAGCUCUGGACGGCCCAGAAUCCAAGAUCAAGACCCCUGAACCGGUCGCCAAGGAAACAACAUCACAAAUCCUCCCGUCAUCCUGCUCGCAGCCCUCGGGCUCUGACACGACAUCAGAAGAACCCUUAGCCCCGAACUCUUCUUCAGACCCGUCAUCGUUGAGUAGCGGCCUCGCUGAAACGUUGAAAGAGGCCACCAGCCACUCCCUGCCAGACAGUCCAAGGACAGCUGAUGGAGAAGGGGAGACUCCGGAUCAGGAGACGGAGGAAGAGAAAGCCAAACGCCUUCUCUACUGCUCCCUCUGCAAGGUGGCCGUGAACUCUGCCUCUCAGCUCCAGGCUCACAACAGCGGUACUAAGCACAAAACGAUGCUGGAGGCCAGAAGCGGCGAUGGAGCCAUUAAGUCCUUCCCCCGGAUAGGCGUCAAAUCUAAGACGGCUGCUCCAUCUGAGCCAUCAACUGGACUGCAGAACAAAACUUUUCAUUGUGAGAUCUGCGAUGUGCAUGUCAACUCUGAGACUCAGCUUAAACAGCACAUCAGCAGCAGGAGACACAAGGACAGAGCAGCAGGUAAACCGGCCAAGCCAAAGUUCAGCCCCUACACUCCCACCCAGCGACUCCAAAGUCUCCAGGCAAUAAGACUUACUCUACAAAAAAACCAAGACCUGAGCAAACCACUGGCAUCCUGUCUCCUACAUCGUCAACUCUCCAUUGCCACCACCGGCCUACCACAAUUAUCAGCCUUUCCCCUCCAGACCGCCACAAAGUCCAGCCCCGCCCUGUUUCAUGGUCAGCCCCUCCCACAGGCUCUGCUUCACCCAGCCACCGGACCCAUCUGUUCGCCACACACAUCGGUUCUGUUUUCCCCCUUCUGACCCCAUUGAUCUCUCAGCCAGUUUCGGGCUACAAGAAGAAGAAAGACCUCAGAUCUUAACAUGAUCGGACAUAAGACAGCACUCCUUGUUCUCGACAAACCAGAAGUGUGUCGUGAAGAGCACAGAGGAGUGGUCGCAGGCACAAAGCAAGCAUUGAGAGAUCUUACGACUAAAGGAGAAAGCAAAUCAGUAAAAUACAAGGUAUAUUAAGAAAUGUUAUUGUUGACUUUAUGCAGGUGUGGAUGUAGAUGUCAUAGGUCUGCAAUUGGUUGAACAAAAUGCAUAAUGGCAUAAUUGUGGGAUCACAAAAACUCUUGUGUAUACAAAUACAGAUUAUUGACUCAGAUGCCUUUGGACGUCUGUGUCUAAAUCCAUGUAAUUUACAUGAAAAAGUCUGCCAUGUAUUUUCAGAUAUUAUGUUUUCCUUACCACUUUUCCAUUUAAACUAACAAAACUAAAAGAUUGAACUAUUGUCUCUCUGCAUGGUUACAUCUUGGACUUCGGUGAGCAUAACAACUAUUAAACACUGGCAGACAGCAUUUUUUUCCUCUGUGUCUUUCACCAUUCCAGUUUUAAUCUAUAUUUUGAAGCAAGAAAACGGCUUCCGGAAAUGAGUUGCUUCAACUGACCUUCGCAGGCAUUUAGUCAAAAACAAUUGUUCGAGUUAUUGAAUAAUUGUUUGGUAUAGGUGCCAGAAGGAGCUUUUGAAUAGUAGUUUUUUAAAUAAAAUCCUCUAAAUUAGCAUUUUCUGGCUAUUUCCUCACCUUAAAUCCAAGGAAGUCAUUGCAUUGAUAAGUUGGUUAGAGCCUUUUCUCCACUAGUCUCUAGUUCGCUCCACACAAAUCCACUUAGUUUCAAGAGCUUUCCAUUAGGUCCUGGUCCUUGGUACCAGCUCCUUUUUUAGUACCUACUCAGUCAAAGUUUCAAGUGAACAGAGUCGAGCUGAAAACUGUAAUUACAUCAGAAGACUUCAGGUUUCUGACAUGCUAGGGAUUGGCAUCACUGGUUGAGUCAUUCUAUAACAAGAAUUGAACCCGGCAUUUAAAAAAAUAAAGUCACAACAACAACAGUGUACGGAAAUUAGCAACACUAAAAUCAACACAAUGGCCCAACGAUGAGCUGCAGAGAUUUUGGUGCUUGGUGGCUGAAUAGAAAACAUCGGCUCCAUCUGAAAACGUCUAACUGUAGCUCCUAGCUCCUGUUCCUUGACCUUUCAUGGUGUCAACAGUAAAAACACUAUCAAGGGGAGGAAGGGAGCUUUGGACUGGUGUGUCGAUUUUGGACAGCCUUUAACGCCGACGUCAUGACGCGACGGUAACACACAUGAAUGAUGCAAGUUAAAUCUGGGAGUACAGCCUUCCAAAAAUGAACUACAAAGUGUGUGCGCUCUUCUCUCCAGAAAUUGUCGUUAAUUUCCUUGAGGUGGGCUGUCCCCAUACAUCAUGUCCUGCAACGGAUUGUGGGAUUACUUAUAGCUUCAUAGAGCUAAAUAGUGGUUUGUCAGAUACGAGUCACGGCAUGUAAAUUUUUAGGCGGUAGUAUAUUGUAAUGUAAAAUGACCCGAACCGUGUAGUGUUAAGUAAAGGCGAGUACAUAGGCAGGAAUGCCAGUGGAGAGUGGGGGACAGGAAAAGUGAAGAUAUGUCCCCCCCCCCAUUCAUCUUGGGGAAAAAGCGGGACACAGAGACAGAGGCAGCAGUGUCUGUCAAGCACAAAUAACUGAUCUCCUCCAGUAAGUAGCAACCUAAAACGAAAGACAUGCCACACAUUUUAUUUAUUUCCACUUCUCAAUAGAAUAAAACAUAUUGACAUUUUGGUAUCAGACCGCAUGUUGUUCACCAUUGGAGCCGUCGUCUAAAAUGCAGGAGAGAGGGGGAAGCAAUGCGAGAGACUUGGAGGGGAUCUGAAUAGAGAUGGAGAGGAACAACAGCAGGCAGAAAAAGAAAGAGCUCAAAACAUAGAAAGCAAAAAACAAUGGCUGAAAAAACUGAUCCGAUGUUUGCCAGUUCUGAAUCAGAUGUUAAUAAUUGACCUCUGUUGACCUGCGUUUCUUCCAGUGGCAAAAAUAAUAAUUUUGUAUGAUUAAUAAAGUAAAUUUUGCCAUGCUAUUUCAACAAGGUUGUCAGUUAUUCAGUUUACUGUUUAUAGUACUGAUAACACAGAUGGGAUCUUAAAAAAUGAAACUAAAACAAAACUACACUAAAAAUUGCACUUGUGAACUCUCUUGUUUAUUGUUCUCCCCCAAAAAUGAAAGGGACUUUUGCCCUUGGACGAGUAUGAGUAAGGGCUCAAAACUCACUUAUUAACUGUGUUCUUUCUUUCAGUUUCCGGAAGUUGGCAACCAUAGUGAAGAGCUUAUUGCCAGUAGGGUGGGAAUACGUUUCCAUGGUGCUCCUUCAGUUCUUCCCAAAUAUGACUCACUAACAUUGAUGAAAAAUGUAUUAAAAGCUGUCUUUUGCAGACUCAG